AUGGAGCGUCUCGUGGAGCGGCUGGCUUCGUCUGUAGGCGGCGCAAGUAGCCGCCUGGGCUCUCGGCUUGAUAUAUCACCUGCUUUACUCCAAGCCUCCUUCGUCCUCCUCGCCACCUUCAUCUGCGGCCUCAUCGUCCGAGCUGGCGCCGCCUUUGCUCAAGCGUCCUGGGCGUCCGAUCCUCGCUGGUACCUCGUAUAUCCGCCACAGCUGCCCGAGAAAGAAACGACAGUCAAACAGACCAGUAUAAGAAUCCCCGGAAGCUCGGCCAUCCAAUGCUACGCGCCCGCGACGGGACAAUUCCUCGGCACCGUCGAAGCCACCACCGAAGCCGGCAUCGAUCGAGCCAUUGCCGCCGCGGCAGAAGUGCAGAGGAAAUGGGCCAGCACGACGACCUUAACGCAGCGUAAAGCGGUCCUGCGCUCGCUCAUGAAGUACAUCAUGGACAACGCCGAGCAGAUUUGCAAGAUUGCCGGCGUGGACAGCGGCAAGACCAUGGUGGACGCCCAGCUGGGCGAGAUCCUCGUCACCGUCGAGAAGAUCCAGUGGACGCUCGCGCACGGCGAAAAGGCCCUGCGGCCGUCGCGCAGACCGACCAACCUGCUCAUGGCGUACAAGCGCAACACGGUGCACUACGAGCCGCUGGGCGUGGUGGCCGCGCUGGUCAGCUGGAACUACCCCUUCCACAACCUGAUGGGCCCCAUCAUCAGCGCGCUCUUCAGCGGCAACGGCAUCGUGGUCAAGGUGUCCGAGCAGACUGCCUGGUCGAGCAGGUACUUCCUCGACAUUGCGCGCGGCGCCCUUGCUGCCCACGGCCACGACCCGGAGCUUGUCCAGAUGGUGGCAUGCUGGCCGGAGACUGCAGGCCACCUGACGUCUCACCCGGGCAUCAGCCACAUCACCUUCAUCGGCUCCCAGACCGUCGCCCACCACGUCGCCGCCAGCGCCGCCAAGAGCCUCACGCCCGUCGUCGCCGAGCUCGGCGGCAAAGACCCCUUCAUCGUGCUCGAGUCCGCCGGCGGCAGGAAAGACGGCGACCUCCCCCGCAUCCGCGACAUCAUCCUCAGGGGCACCUUUCAAGCCGCCGGCCAGAACUGCAUCGGCAUCGAGCGCGUCAUCUCCUCCGGCGCCGCCUACGACCGCCUCAUCGAAAUGCUCGAGCCCCGCGUCAAGGCCAUCCGCCUCGGCCCCGACGCAGACAUGGGCGCCAUGAUCUCCGACGCCUCCUUCUCUCGCCUCGAAGAGCUCAUCGCCGAAGCCGUCUCCCAAGGCGCGCGUCUCCUCGCCGGCGGCAAACGCUACGCCCACCCAGACCACCCAAGAGGCCACUACUUCCAGCCCACGCUCCUCGUCGACGUCACGCCCUCCAUGCGCAUCGCCCAAACCGAAUGCUUCGCCCCCGUCCUCACCAUGCUGCGCGCAAAGUCCUCCUCCGCAGAGGACAUCCUCGCCAUCGCAAACGCACCCAACUUUGGCCUCGGCGCCUCCGUCCACGGCUCUGAGCGCGACCCGGCCCUGCAGCCCAUCGUCCGCGGCCUCAAGGCCGGCAUGGUCGCCGUCAACGACUUCGCCGCCUACUAUGCCGUCCAGCUCCCCUUCGGCGGCGUCGCCGGCUCUGGCUACGGCCGCUUCGCAGGCGAGGAAGGUCUGCGCGGCCUGUGCAACAUCAAGGCCGUCUGCGAGGACCGCUUCGGCUGGCUGGGCGUCAAAACGGCCAUCCCUCCCCCCGUACAGUACCCUAUCGCGAGCCAGGAUCGGUCCUGGCGAUUUACUCAGGGCGUGGUGGAGGUGGGAUACGGUGCGUCGGCGAGAAAAAUUGCUGGUGUGACCAAGAUCUUGAAGAAUAUGUAA